AAUUUGUGAGCAAAUUGAAAAAAGGUCGGGAAAUUGCCACUCGUGCUGCUUUGGAAGUCGUUCAGGUUUUCGAAGGAAAAGUCAUUGAAGGAAAAUUGCAGAAAUCUUUAGGCUAUCAAUACGCUGACACCGGUGAGCAGGAAAAAGCUGUCAAAAAUUUCAAAGAGCUCUAUGAUAUUGCGGAAGAACGAGAAAAUACGGAGGACAAAGAAAGAGCUUGUAAAAAUUUGGGAAGAUUGUUCUUCAAAAUUGGUAAAUAUGAACAUUCUAUUAAAUACUUCAGCGAAUACUUACAAAUUGCCUCACGUAGUCGCACAGACAAAGCGUGGGCUGACAGAGUUAUAGGUUUAUCUUAUUGCAAUCUUGGUCAAUACAAGGAGGCCAUACCAUACCUUGAACAGUGCCUGGAACUCGAAGGAUUGAGAGACGAUGAAGAAAUGGAAGAAACAAGUGGUAAUUUGGGGAUUGCAUAUAGAGAAUUGGGGGAAUACGACAAAGCUACAAAGAAAUUAAAGGAAUGUCUUCGAAUUUCAGAAUUGAAGGAAGAUAAGAAUUUAGAACAACAAAUGCAUCAAGAACUUGGUUACGUUUACACAGCAAUGAAUCAACACGAGACGGCCGCUGAAUACUUUCAGCACUCUUUGCGAUUGGCCAAAGAAUUAGGGGACAAGGCGAAGAUUGCGACCGCGUACAGUUAUUUAGCUAAAGCUUAUUUACUUCAAAGCCGGCCCCAAACUGUCAUAGACUACCUAAAGGAAGCUCGCACAAUAGUCGACAGGGUAACAACGGCAAUAACACACGCAGACUUGCUGGGUCGUGCUUACCUGAUGAAAAAGGAACCACGAGAGGCCAUUAAAUGUUUUGAUCAAUACUUAAGCAUGGCUAAUGAAGAAAAUGAUACAUCUGGGCAAGCGCAUGGGGCUAUUAAUAUGGGAAAGUCGUAUACAGAAUGUGGCGAGUACGAACUGGCCGUUGAAUACUAUCGCGAAGGUUUGAAGUUGGUAGAACAACUGGAAGACAAGAAUAGCAAGGGUGACAAGAAGAUCGAGGGCGAAGCACAUGAAGGUUUGGGCGAUAUUUAUUAUAAAACAUCUCAAUAUGGACAUGCGAAAAACCAUUACGAAAACGCUUUAAAGAUUUCCACCGCCCAACACGAUGUAGAAUCCAAAGGACGGGUGGAUAUAAAAUUGGGAGAUGUGUUUCACGUUCAGAAGAGCACCAAAGAGGCUUCCCCAUACUACGAUGAGGCAGAACAGAUAGCCAAAAGUUUAGGAGAUAAAGCAAUGGAGGCAGAUUCUUAUGAAGGGCAGGGAAACGUGUUUCACUCCACUUCCGAUUACGAUCGCGCUAUUGAGAAACACAACAAAAGUUUGGAACUCGCGAUACAGAUUAAGGAUAUGAAACGCCAACAACGAGCAUACGAGAAUUUGGGUAACUCCUACUUCGCCUUGCAGAAAUGGUCGGAGGCUAGCAAGAGUUACAGUAGCUCUUGUGCUAUUGCCAAAGACAACAAAGAUACCACAGCAGUCUAUCGAUGUGAAAGAAUGAUGGGAAAUGCUUAUUAUGAAAACAAAGAUUUCGAUAAUGCCAUCCUUCAUCAUCGACGUUGUUUGGAAAUUGCUAUGCAAACGAUCGACAAAGCAGAAAAAGCAGAAUCGUACAAAGUCAUGGGUCAUUCCUACUCAAAGAUUAACCAACCUCAGAACGCUUUAGAAUUUUAUGACAAAUUUGUGGAAACGGUUGAUAUAACGAUGAACAAAUUAGAAGUAGCCACCGUUUAUCAUGAGAUGGGUAAAUUGUGUGCGGAAUGUGGCGACAACGAAAAAGCUAUUGGUUUGUAUCACGAGUGCUUGGAUCUGCAAUGGAAUCUUAGUGAUUUCGAACUGAAACAAGAAACCCUCGAGAGAUUGGGAGACGCUUAUUACAAGAACUGCCAAUAUCGCGAUGCGUAUACAUAUUACUUUAAAAUUGACCUGCCAAAUAUUAUAGAACCGGAUAGACGAUGUCAAAUAUAUUAUAAACUUGGCAAGGCAGUAUUUUUUCUAAAGGACAUCGUAAAGGCAAUUCAGUUUUAUUAUGAAGCACUGUCGCUUGCUCAAGAUGUAGAAAUUAAAGCAGACAUUCACGAAGCUUUAGGCGAUGCAUUUUAUUCGAAUGCAGAUUAUGCAAAUGCCAUCAUGUACCAUUCGCAAGGUUUAGAAUAUGCCAACAAAAUUCUCAACGGCGAAAAACGGCGACAAAGAGAGUAUGGAAAGUUGGGUGAUGCUUAUAGUGCUACAAAGCAAUGGUUACUGGCUAUCGAGAAUUAUUGUCAUUCUUGCGACAUUGUGGAAAACAUUGGUGACAAAACAGUAAUGGGAGAAUGUGAAAGAAAAAUGGGCAUUGCUUAUUACCAUGUUAAGAAAUUCAACAAGGCAAUCGAGAUUCUGGAGAAAGCUAAUGAAAAAUCUCAGUUAGAGCAAAUAUACUACAACAUCAUUGGUUGCGCAUAUGCCAAGAUUGGCCAGUAUAAAAAAUCUAUAGAAUUUUUAUCAAAGGGUUUGAGAAUUGCUACAGAUCUACUAGGGCAAGCAAGUGCUCACGGCAAUAUUGGCCGGGUAUACGUCAAAACUAGUGAAUUCCAAGAUGCUAUUGAAUGUCACCAAAAGGCACUUGAGCUUGUGCAGCAAUCAUCGGAGUACAAUGCAAAAAAAGCAGAGGUUUAUUGCAAUCUUGGUUGUGCUUACCAGGCCAGUGGUCAGUACGUAAAAGCAAUGGAAAACCAAACAAAAUCCCUAGGACUCGCCGAAAAUUUAAGAGACAAAUCGCUACAAGGACGGGCGCUCAAGAAAAUAGGCAACAUUCACUUUGCUACUGGCGAACAUGCAAAAGCGAUCGACUCUUAUUACGCUUGCCUGGAUGUUGUGGAAAAUACAGAAAUAUCAACCAGAGUGAAAGUUUUGGGUAAAUUAGGUUGUAUCUGGAGAAGUAUGGGUCAGCAUGAAAUGGCGAUUGGGUGUCAUCAAAACCAAGCUCAAACAGCCGAAGACCUCAAGGAUUUGGGUCAUAUGGCACGAGCCUUUGAAAACUUGGGCAUUGAUCACGAGCUGAACGGUGAUUACGUCCAAGCUCUUGAACAGCAAGAAAAGUACUUGGAAGUUUCUAAAAAGAUGGAUGACGAUGUUCAACAAGGACGUGCUCAUAUUAACAUAGCAAAGGUAUAUCUGGCAAAAGGUGAAUACGAGAGAGCUAUCAGAAAGUCGGGAAUGACAGAGAGACUGGGUAACAAAGGGGUGAACGCAAGAGCAUACAGUGUUAUCGGCUGCGCCUACACAGCACUUGGUCAAUAUCAAAUGGCCGAAGGCUUCCACCGUAAAGAAAUGGGUAUUAUGUGUGAAUUCGACGAUAAAUUAGGAAUUGCUCAAGCUAGUGGAAACAUGGGAAUGGCUCACAUUGGCACAGGUGAUUACGGCAAAGCUGCUGUUUGCUUUCGACAACAAAUGAAAUUGGCAAAAGAAAUAAAAGAUAAAAGAGAAGAGUGUCGAGCGAAUGAAAAUUUGGGAAAUUAUUACGCCGCGAUUGGUGAAUGCACCGAGGCAAUUUCUUACUACAAUAAAUCUUUACAGCUUGCUGGAGAAAGGUACCACAACGAUAAAGCUGGAAUUGGCCGAGUCAAGGGAUGUAUGGGAAAUGCCUUUACCGAAAUUGGGCAGUAUCGAAAUGCAGUAAAAUGUCACGAAGAAGAAAUAAAGAUCGCAAAGGACCUUGGGAACAAAGUUCGCGAAGGUGAAGCGCUUGGGAACCUGGGUAAUGCCUACACGGGACUCUGUGAGUACCAAAAGGCUAUUGAACUGCAUGAAGAAAGUUUGAAGAUUGCCGAAGAUUACGUUGUCCAAGCCGACGAAAGACGAGCUAACGGAAAUUUAGGAAACGCUUACGUGGCUAGUGGUCAAUAUCGAAAGGCACUCGAUUUCCAGCGCAGAGCGUUGGAGAUUUCUCAACAGCUUAGUCACAGAGCAGCCGAAGGCCGCAUUCACGAAAGCAUGGCAAGGGCGUAUUAUUUGAGUGGUCAUAUCGAAAAGGCUGUCGAAUCCAGUCGGAAAUCUUUGCGUAUUGCCAGUGAAGUCGGUGACAAAGCCGGAAAGGGACGAGCUCUUGGAACUUUGGGUAAUGCUUACAUGGAAUUCGGACAGAAUAAGCAAACAGCAAUUUCUAACCUUCGUGAAUAUUUGAGAAUCUCAAAAGAGCUUUCCAACGAAGCCGACAAAGGGGAUGCCUUAGGAAGCAUGGCCGCUGUCUUGAUCGAGAUUGGCCAAUACAAUAAAGCAUUAGAAUGUUGUAAUGAGUCGUUAAAGAUCGCAAAAGACCUUAAAGAUGAAGCCAGGGAGGGAAGAGCGUAUGAAAAUUUGGGUAAAUUCUACACGGCCAUUGGUCAAUAUGAAGAAGCGAUUAAAACUCAUGGUAAACAUCUGAAUAUUGCUACGAAAUUGGGCGACAAGGCUGAAAUGGGAAGAGCUAAUGGGAAUCUCGGAAAUGCCUACAACAAAAAUGAUAAACACGAAAACGCAAUGAAAUGUCAUACAAAAGAUAAAGAUAUUGCCGAGGAACUUGGUAACGUAGCACGAGUGGGGCGGGCUCAAGGAAACAUGGGGAAUACGUUCAGCAAACUUAGACAAUUCGAAAAAGCGUUUGACUGCCAUAAGAAACGUCUGAGCAUUGCCGAGGAACUUAAUGAUAAAACAUCGCUGGCAGAAGCUCUUCUUGGCUUGGGAGAGCAUUAUAUAAACACUGGGCAAUUUGAGAAGGCUAUUCAAUUUUUGUAUCGCCUGCACGAGAUCUCGACACAUAACUACGAAUUGACCGCAAUUGCACAAGAACUGCUGGGCCAGUGUUACCAAAGACACGAUGUUCUCAAGGCUUGCCGCUUCUUUGCCAAAUCAAUCAUAAAUUUCCAGAUCCUGCGUAAUCCCUUACGUGAUCAUGAUGAUUUCAAUAUUUCCAUGUCCAACAGAUUUGCACACAUUCACAUGUUGCUGGUUCAAAGCCUUCUCGACUUGAAAGAGGUCAGACAGCUCUUCUGGUAUCUGAUCGUGGCAAAGCACAAGCUCUGUAUGACCUAAUGCGGAAAAUAGUCCAUUCUGGUAUGGAUUUGUGUUUCAACUACUCCGAUCCAAUGGAAACCCUCGCUCACGAUCCGUCCUCUGACACCUCAAAGAUUUUAUUCGAUAAUUCGUUGUUUAAUGUCAUCAAUUCCAAUCAUGCUGAUACAAUUAUUUCCUACGCGUUUGGAGAAAAAGGUGAAUUACAUUCGUGGGUGAUUACCAAAGAAGGCGUCUUUCACAAGUCAUUGAACAUUGACAAUGUACCGUCCAUGAGAGAUUACGUAUACAGACAGAUCAAAUGUUUUAAAUACAACAUAAAUGUGAGAGGUACGCAGGAGGGCACAUUACAAGAUGUCAAGGUGGUGUAUGAUUUUGAGACCAGGGCGUGCAAUCUUCUCUGCUUGAUGUCCGAUAACUUUGACAGUGAUCAGAAAGCUGAUACAUGCUCUCCCCUCAUCAACACAACUGCCCGAAAACCUGCCCGUUCAACCGAAUCAUCACCACCGCAGGCAGACGACAACUUCUCCCUACAAAACCUCUACACUAUAUUAAUCAAGCCUAUCGAGGAAUACCUGACUGGUUCAACAUUGCUCAUUGUACCUGAAGGACCGUUAUUUACACUUCCAUUCGCCGCAUUACUCGACCCGAAUGAGCACCACCUAUGUGAAAAGUACAGCUUAGAAUUCGCCCCAUCCUUGCACGUACUAGAUUCCUGUUUAUCAACACUACCUCCGAAGCUCGGACCUGCUUUGUUCGUGGGAAACCCUGAUCUGAGCAGCAUACAUAUUGAUCUUAUAUCGUUACCAUACGCGGAGGAAGAAGUUGCUCAUUGCAGUAAGCAUUUCAGUGCACAACCAUUGGUGCGGCAUAUGGCUACCAAGCAGAAUGUUUUGAAUAGAAUGGGAAGUGCAAGCAUCAUUCACAUAGCAGCACAUGGGGAUAUGAAUCGCGCAGAAAUAUAUCUGACACCCAAUCAAGGGGAACCACUUAUUCCUUCAUCCUAUCUCCUAACGGCUGAAGAUAUUCUGAAGUGUUCCCUGAACGCCCAACUUGUUGUCCUGAGUUGCUGUUUUAGUGGUCGUGGUCAGAUCUCCGCAGAAGGUGUGGUUGGUACCGCACGCUCAUUCUUAGGGUCUGGAGCACGUGCUGUUCUCGUGACACUUUGGGGAAUCAACGACGAGACAACGAAGGAAUUCAUGAUUACGUUUUACGAGAAACUUAUCCAGGAAUACUCCGUAUGUACUGCAGUGCAGCAAGCAAUGAUGGCAUUGAAGGGAAGGCGAUACCCAUCACGUUACUGGGCGCCAUUUCAAGUUUUUGGUGAAGACAUCGUGCUGACCAGAGAGGAUAUUGAAGAAAUUCGUCUAAUGUCUGCUUGA